AUGCAGCUCCUCCACGCCGGGCUCCUCUCCGCCCUCCUCGCCCUCCCCGCGACGGCCCAAAGCCCCGGCCCGAGCUGGCCCGCCUGCGCCGCCACCUCGACCGGCUUCCACCCGGGCUGGGAGGUCGAGUACCUCGAGCUCACCGAGCGCCCCGGCGAAAAAGCGUCGCCCAAGACUGGCGAGACGUUCCGGAUCACCGAGGACGACGGCGAGUGCUUCACCACUUGGACGAGAGAUGAGAAGCCCGCGCCGGGUGUGACGACCAAGGUGGACUUUAUCCUGGAUGUGCUCGAGCUGUACUUUUACUUUGAGCAGAGCUGGACUUGCGCCGGCGACGAAGGAUCGAAACAGAUACUUUUUGCUUAUGCUAACAUCUGCAACCCCCUCGGCCCCUGCCAAGUCAUCGGCCAGCACUGCUCCAUCUCCGACGCCACCCGCGCCAACCCCGUCUUCGUCGGCCCCGCCAAGGUCGAGAGCCACUCCACCGACGCCGAGGCCGACGCGCCCGGCACCACGUACGCGACGCCCACCGAGCAGGCCUGCAGCGCCUACCCCAACUCGUACCUCUUCUUCGAGCUCAGGAACCUCGCCGACGACUCCAUCACCCAGUGCUACUUUGAGUCCUUUGACUACGAGGCAAGCCAGGACGGCCUCGUCUUCGGUAAUGAGUGGGCCGGCCUCGACGCCAAGGGCCGCGGCUGCCGCACCGGACGCAACGUUCUCGUCACGCGCGAGGAGGGUUGGGUCCCAGACGGCUGGGAGGAGCUCGGGUCCCCUGUCGGCCAGGACUGGCACUGGGACGCUACCCCCGCUAGCAUCUCGUUCGAUACGGGGAGCUACGAGCUCUCCCUCGAGCAGAUGUGGCCGUGUGGUGACGUCGAGCAGGCCUUUUACGGCACGACCGUCCUGCGACUACACCUCGACUGCCAGGGUGUCGUGGAUGAGAAGACGCCCGAGGAGUGCAAACCCCUCAAUGCGCUGUACAACAGCGCGGGUGCCCCUAUCUUCUCACCGGCUUCAUCAACGAUUUGA